CUACGAUUUAUGCGUUGCAAUUAUCAAGUUGUACUAGUGUCAACCAGCAGCUCGACGCAUUUAGACAUCCUCGGGUCAGCUGGCUAGCUAAGCCCACCCCAUCGCUUGUUAGGCCACAUCUUCCGCGGGAGCCUCCCAUGCAUGUAUGAGCAUGUCACGAAAAACGCACACGGAUCAAUUAAAACCACUAUAAAAAGCCUCAUUAUGCAUUAUAGGCUGGGCGACGUCGCUGCUGUCACACCUGGCUACUAGGCUUACUCGACAAUGUUGCAUCUUCUCGUCGUUCUGCUAGCAGUGACUGCCGCUAGCGCUCGUUUCAUGACCAAGCAUAUGUUGAAGGAGCGCCAGCUUGAGGCAGCCCAGCAUUGGCAAACCAGCUGGGCCGUAGAGAUGGGAGGGGCUGGGGACGUCGAGCGCAAGCGUGUUCAAAACAUCACCUUCACGAACCCCAAGGCCUCAGAAUUUUAUGUCGAUGGUACAUCCCUCCCUCUGGUCGACUUCGAUGUUGGUCCCAGCUGGGCAGGUCUGUUGCCCAUAAGCGACAGUCCUGAUGAGACGCGUCAGCUCUUUUUCUGGUUUUUCCCUCCCGGUCCCGAAGGGAGUCUCGAUGAUUUGAUUUUUUGGACAAAUGGAGGCCCUGGCUGCUCUUCACUCGAAGGUUUACUACAGGAGAAUGGACCUUUCAGUUGGUCCUUGGGUCAAGCCAAACCAACCGUGAAUGAACACAGCUGGACCAACCUCUCUUCCAUCCUUUGGGUUGAACAACCUGUUGGCACGGGGUUUUCCCAAGGCGUUCCAAACGCACAGAAUGAAGACGAUGUCGCUGCUCAACUCGUCGGUUUCAUGCAGCAGUUCCUCGAGGUCUUUUCGGAACUAAAAGGCAAGCAGUUGUAUCUGACGGGUGAAAGCUACGCAGGAACAUACGUCCCUUAUUUUGCGAACUACAUCUACGAGAAUCCCACUCUGUUAGACCUCUCGUUGCAAGGCAUGUGGAUCAGUGAUCCUUCACUGUCAUGGGAUGUGGUGCAAGAGCAGAUCCCUGCAGUGGAUUUCGUGAAUAAAUAUGCUGGUCUCUUCUCUUUUAAUCAAACGUUCACGGAUCACCUCGAGAAGAAGGCCGCCAAGUGUAAUUACACUGGCUACGUAGACAAGUACGUGACAUAUCCUCCAGCUGGCCUUCUUCCUCUGCCAGGGGACUCGGUCGAGGCAGCUGAGGGCUGUGAUGUCUGGGACGACAUUUUUAAUAAUGCACUGAUCAUCAACCCCGCCUUCAAUAUCUAUCGCAUCUGGGACACUUAUCCUGUUCUAUGGGAUGUGCUUGGCGCCCCAGGUUCGAUCAUACAGUCACAAACUCCGCUCUACUUUGACCGCAAUGAUGUGAAGCAUGCCAUCCAUGCACCUGAUGACACAGAGUGGACGGAGUGUUCCAAUGUCAAUGUCUUCCCAAAUGGAGACGGUAGCUUACCCCCUGCCUUCACUGUGUUACCGAAUGUUAUCGAGAAGAAUAAGCGGACCGUCAUCGUACACGGUCUCGCCGACUUUGUUCUCAUUUCUGAAGGAACCAGAAUCGUCAUUCAAAAUAUGACUUGGGACGGAUUGCAAGGAUUCCAGACGCCUAUCAUCAAUGACAGUUUCAUUGUCGAUGGCGUGGGUGCUUUCGGGACAAUGCACUCAGAACGGGGACUCACUUACUACGAGGUAGUCCUGAGUGGACACAUGGUUCCACAGUUUGCGCCAGUAGCUGCCUUCCAGAUUAUGCAGUACCUGAUGGGCUUUAGGGAUACACCAUAGAUAGGGACACUCGUCUUUGGUUUGAUUUAGAUUCCUGCCAUCCGUAACAAACGUCAGCUCGUAGAGUCUAGUUACAAUAGUUCUCAGGAAGCUUGUUGUCUCCGGGUCUGGAAGAGUCGAACUUAGGUUCACGGUGUCCAGGUCUGCCGGGUCAACUCCGACUUGAUCUUUG